AUGGCAGCUUUUCGCCUUGAAAAUGAAAAUAAUCAACUUGAUGAAGUCAUGCAGUACCGAAUGGGAAGAUAUAUCAACAGUAAUGAGGCUGUUUGGCGAAUUUUCAAUUUCAAAAUACAUGAGCGCUAUCCAUCUGUCGUACAUCUAAGUGUUCAUCUUGAAAACGGGCACCGUGUCCAUUUCGUUGCUGACAAUGCGAGGGAAAGAGCUGCAAAGCCUUCCAAUACAACUAUGACAGUAUUCUUUCAAUUGUGUCAAGAGGAUUCUUUUGCAAGAACCUUACUCUAUCCCGAAGGUGCUCCUGUUCCAGGUUACCAUAAUUUACGUGCAGCGGAUGCCAUAGGGCGCAUGUACACGGAAACUUGUCAAAGACUUGGUAUGCUCGAGAGCGACGAGCAGUGGGACACAACAAUGUCAAAAGCCUCCCUCUCCUGCUUUGCUGCGCAGUUGCGAAGGCUUUUCGCUAUCACUCUUACGACGUGUGCGCCAUCUAAUCCACAAAAAGACAUUUGUGUUGCGAUUAACGGUCAAUCUCUUUCUCAACUGGGCUUGCCACCUCCUUCCCGCAACAAUGAUAGUUCCUUAGAUGGUGAUAACUUGAGAGAACGAAACUAUGAUGUCAAUGAAAUUAUGGGAGGCUUGACAGUCAUAUUAGCAGGCGACUUUCGCCUAACCCUGCCUAUCAUCUCACGGUCGACUCCAGUCAAUGAGUUGAAUGCCUGCAUUAUCAUCUUAUCUUUGAAUGCACGUGCAGGCUAUGCCGUUAUGAGAGUCCACUUAUUUGGAGAAGCUGCCGCAGGUAAUUUUGCACAACAAUUGUUGUGUCUGGGUGGUAGGUUCCCUACUGACCCGACUACUGACCUGAUAACCUUUCCAACGUAUUUCUGCAAUUUAGUACAGUCCGUGGAAGAAUUGGUGGCAAAGGUUUUCCCAGACAUUGGAAAAAAUUUCAAAUCACCAUUGGCUUUGUGA